CGUACAUCCAGCGAGCAAAGUGGGAUGAUCUGUCACUACACCUGCAGCACCAAGCUCGGAGGACAGCUCCUGCUUGCCGCUCCCAGACCCAGGAAGCCUGAGGGGAAGGAAGGAAGUACGGGCGAAAUCAUCACGUUGGCUUCCCAGAUUUGGGAAUCUGAAGCGGGCCCACAUCUUCCGACCAACUUCCACUGAACUUCCCAGCACUCGAAAGGGACCGAGAUGGAGAGCAAAGAACCCCAGCUGAAAGGAAUUGUGACAAGGUUAUUCAGCCAGCAGGGAUAUUUCCUGCAGAUGCACCCAGAUGGUACCAUUGAUGGGACCAAGGACGAAAACAGCGACUACACCCUCUUCAAUCUGAUUCCUGUGGGCCUGCGUGUGGUGGCCAUCCAAGGGGUGAAAGCCAGCCUCUAUGUGGCCAUGAAUGGUGAAGGUUAUCUCUAUAGCUCAGAUGUUUUCACUCCAGAAUGCAAAUUUAAGGAAUCUGUGUUUGAAAACUACUAUGUGAUUUAUUCUUCCACACUGUACCGUCAGCAAGAAUCAGGCCGAGCAUGGUUUCUGGGACUCAAUAAGGAAGGUCAAAUUAUGAAGGGGAACAGAGUGAAGAAAACCAAGCCCUCAUCACAUUUUGUACCAAAACCUAUUGAAGUGUGUAUGUACAGAGAGCCAUCACUACAUGAAAUUGGAGAAAAACAAGGGCGUUCAAGGAAAAGUUCUGGAACACCAACCAUGAAUGGAGGCAAAGUUGUGAAUCAAGAUUCAACAUAGCUGAGAUCUCUUCCCUUUGCCCCUCUUUCAUCCCUCCCCCUUCCCCCCCCCCCCCCUUUACCCAUUUCCUUCCAAUAAAUUCACCCAAGGAGAGAAAAAUAAAAUGGCGAUGCAGGACCUAAUGCCUCCCCAAAUAUUCCUUUGUGUAGGCCAGGAAAAUUGAACCAAAGCUUUCCUGUUGCAAUGUGGUAGAAAAUGCACCUGCACAAACAUUAGUACACAAAUAAGCAAAGGUAAAAUAGAUCAAACUCCACAAACAUUAAAGUAAAUUGUGCAAUUGUUAAUAGAGGUCUAAUUGUGAUGAAGACAUAAUUGUAAUAAAGAUGAAAUAAAGUUAUUACCUUAAAGAAAAGGGUUUUGGAGAAUUGAACUUACAAAUUGAUGUAAUAUCCUAAAUAGCUUAAGCCCUGGAUAAUGCUGUGAUGAGUGCUUUGUUUUGAUUUUGUAUUUUCUUUGGGCAUCUGAAAUGAACACAUAAUUACAUCCUGUUUUCAGGAUUUUUUUAAAACCAUGAUAUUGAACAUUUAUUUAUAGAUUUUUCAGAUGCCUCUAAA